ACCUCACAUCCGUCUUCCCAGACAGACUUUUGUCUGCCGGCAUUUUCUUUUUAUUUUCUCUGUCGACUUCACCGGUUAAACUAACCGUCUGAUUUAUUGGCCGGCUCAAGGCUGUUCGAUUAAGACCACAGACGCUACACAAUGCCUGGAUUUUCAGACAGAGAUCGUGGCAGAGAUAGAGGUUAUGGUGGAGGCCCACCUCGUUUCGGAGGUGGAGGAGGCGGAAAUAGAGGUGGACCACCUCCUGGAAAAUUCGGCAACCCCGGUGAGAGGCUACGAAAGAAGCACUGGAACCUUGAUGAGCUUCCAAAGUUUCAAAAGAACUUCUACCAGGAGCAUCCAGACGCCACACGCAGACCAAUUCAAGAAGUUGAGCAGUACCGGAGGAGCAAAGAAGUUACAGUCAAAGGCAGAGAUUGCCCCAAACCAAUUGUAAAGUUCCAUGAAGCAGCAUUUCCAAGUUACGUCAUGGAUGUUAUUGUCAAACAAAACUGGACUGAACCAACUCCAAUUCAGUCUCAGGGAUGGCCAGUAGCCCUCAGUGGCAAAGACAUGGUUGGAAUUGCUCAAACUGGAUCUGGGAAAACCCUUGCAUACCUUCUCCCAGCAAUUGUGCACAUCCAACACCAGCCAUUCUUGGAGCAUGGAGAUGGACCUAUUUGUUUGGUCCUGGCGCCAACACGUGAGCUGGCUCAGCAGGUGCAACAGGUGGCUGCUGAAUACGGCAGAGCCUCCCGUCUCAAGAGCACCUGCAUCUACGGUGGUGCACCCAAAGGACCCCAAAUUAGAGACCUGGAGAGGGGGGUUGAGAUUUGCAUCGCUACCCCAGGUCGUCUCAUUGACUUCCUGGAGUGUGGUAAAACUAAUCUGCGCCGUUGCACUUAUCUGGUGCUUGAUGAGGCUGACCGCAUGCUGGACAUGGGAUUUGAACCACAGAUCCGCAAGAUAGUGGAACAAAUCCGGCCAGACCGUCAGACCCUCAUGUGGAGUGCCACAUGGCCUAAAGAAGUCCGCCAGCUAGCUGAGGACUUCCUGAAAGACUACGUCCAGAUCAACAUUGGAGCACUGCAGCUCAGUGCCAAUCACAACAUCCUGCAGAUUGUUGAUGUCUGCAGUGACAUGGAGAAGGAGGACAAACUGAUUCGUUUACUGGAGGAAAUCAUGAGUGAAAAGGAGAACAAGACCAUUAUUUUUGUGGAGACCAAAAGGCGGUGUGAUGAGCUCACCAGGAGGAUGAGAAGAGAUGGAUGGCCUGCAAUGGGAAUUCAUGGAGACAAGAGCCAACAGGAGAGGGACUGGGUCCUUAAUGAGUUCAGAUAUGGCAAAGCUCCAAUCCUCAUUGCUACAGAUGUGGCCUCCCGUGGUUUAGAUGUGGAGGAUGUGAAAUUUGUCAUCAAUUAUGACUACCCUAACUCCUCCGAGGAUUAUAUCCACCGCAUUGGACGCACAGCCCGAAGUCAAAAAACGGGCACAGCCUACACCUUCUUCACCCCCAACAACAUGAAACAAGCCAGUGACCUGAUCUCUGUGCUCCGCGAGGCCAACCAGGCCAUUAACCCCAAACUGAUCCAGAUGGCAGAGGACAGAGGAGGUCGUGGACGGGGGGGAAGAGGUGGCUACAAGGAUGACCGGCGGGAUAGGUAUUCUGGGGGCGGGAGAAGCAACAAUUUUGGCGGUAGUAGCUACAGGGACAGGGACAGCGAUAGAGGGUUCAGCAAUGGGCCAAAGAGUGCCUUUGGUGGCAAUAAAGCCCAAAAUGGUGGCAACUAUGGAGGCAACAGUGGUAACUCUAGUGGUAGCUAUGGCAACAGCAACUAUGGGAACAGUAACGGACAGGGUAAUUUUGGUGCUCCAGCAAACCAGGUGGGUGCCUUCGGUAACCAAAACUUCCAGGGCCCACCACAGUUUGGGGCCAUGCAGAGGGCUACUCAGAAUGGCAUGAACCACCCACCAUUCGGUUUCACCUCUCAGCCACCGCCACAGGCCCAGCAGCCACCACCUCCACCACCAAUGGUGCCCUACCCAAUGCCACCACCCUUCCCACAGUAGAUAUGAUAUACGCACAAUAUAUGGAACCAAUAUGAUUUUUGUUUAGUCUUGAAAUCUUACAGUAUGAUUAUUAAUAUUAUUAUUGUUAUUAUCCUUUGUACUGUUUAACUAUUGUUUUGCUUACAGCAGGGUGGAAAUAUUCAGAAAACCCAGAGCAUUAAAAGGGGUCAUAGGCAGGUCUCCUAUAGUGCAACUACAAGUGCUGCACUUUUCCUUGACUGUUUUUGUGUUACAUUCCUUGGUAAUUUAUUUUUACUAGGUAAUGCAGUGUUUUCAGUUUGUGGUAUGUUUCAAGUGAUGUUAUGAAGAUCAUAUAAAAAGGGUGCUUGUAGCCCUUUUUAAAUAAAAGUUUAAAAAAUGAAAA